AUGAUGCUCCCUGUCGCCGCGCCGGCGCCCCAGCGCACGCGCGUGCUGCGCGGGGGUCCCAUUUGGCCGUCCGUGCGAGGCGCGCGUCUUCUCCGCGCGCUGACGUCCGGCGGGCUCCAGGAAGAGCAGGAGGGCCAAGAGUAUCAAGAGCAGAUUGCAGACAACCAGUUUAGUGCCGAAUUCCCCUAUGAACUGGAGCUUUGCGUUCCGACGGCCGGUCACUUGGCUUUAGUAUUGGUGCGAAGACCCCCGGGGGUACAAUUAAAGUCCCCGGCCCGGAGCAACACUACUCCCGUGACGCCCACAGCUUCCGCUUCAGCCCCCGCUGCGCCCCGAGUCGUCUACGUACUGGACGCUCUCCCGCCCUCACGUCGUGGGGGCUACGAAGACAAGAGCAAGAGCAGGAAAAAUAAGACCCCGGGGGCACAAUUACCUCCCCAGCAGGUGGACGAGCUGGAGCUGCUCGAGGAGCUCUUUGCCCCCCACACAAGAGCUGCUGGGGGUAAAGAAGGCAGCGUAUUGAUCAAGGCCCCUCUAUUGUGUGCCAGGUUCGACUGCCGCGUGGUUUCCAUCAGGUUUAUUCGCAGUGGGGGGAGUCCACCGAAGCCUCAGAAACUCAAUAAAAGCAGCAGCAGAGGCCUCAACGACUCGUUUAAUUCGUCGUCGGGGGCUUCUAAUUCGUCGUCGAGGGCCGUGGGGGCUGCAGCGCCGUUGAGAUGCGUCGUGGCGAGGGAAGACGGCAUGGCGUUCCUAUGGGAGUGGCAGGCGGAUCUGUUCCAGUGGGUCUUCCUGAACAGGUUGUGCUUCUUGGAGAACCCGAAUUUGAAGUGGACGCGGCCUGUGGCGGCCUUUACGACGACGGACUUGCCUCUGGAUAGUACGGUGCUGGGCUUGAGUGGAGAGACUGGAAGCAGUGGCGGUGGAUCGGGGUCAAGCGGCGCGACGGAGCUCGUGUGGUGGUCGACGGCUACCAAGCAGGAGCCGAAACUGAAGCUCCGACGACUGCGCUUUGAACGCGCGACGGAUGCACUGCGUGCGACGGAUGUGGUUGUUGGGAGCGCCUUCACGCCAAAGCCGGUGUGUGAUGGUGUUGUCAAGUUGCUGAGCUCCAAGCUCGGGUUGUUUGCUAUCUCGAAGACACAAGGCGUAUUCUUCCGGAGCUCGACGGCCUCCCUGCGUACUGUGGGGCUGAGUUGGCACAGUGUUUUCUCGCUCGAGGAGGGAAGCGUGACUCCGGAGAUGACACAGCUCAUGCAACGCGACUGCGGGAAAUGCAAGUUCUGGACCAUUUCAGGUGGUGCUAGCUCUAUUGGGCUGUGGUCUCCAAGUGGCUUCUGGACGAUUCGCUUGCCACCUGCAAAGGCAAUUGCAGGCGCGUUGCACCAGCCGCCAUCUUUGAAGCAGGAAAGCAAAUGUGACGGGCAGGAUAAAGAUCCCGAGUCAGCGUUCUUGGCAGUGAAAAAUUACGGCACGGGUGACCUGCACUUAGAAGCGGUGCGGUACGCUCUGGCAGUGUUGGAGCAAGUUGCCCCCUCUGCGAUGGACCCGACUCAAAGCCACCCUGAAGCCUGGGAAGCUGUUUGGAACACCGUCACUAGCCCAGCGUUGCUCUUGGCGCUGCUCGACAAUCGAGCCACAUCGGAGCACGUCGUCCACGAGCUCGCGCAGCAUGUAGCCGCGAUAUACAAGACGGCGAGUGGAAUUCGCUCCUAUGGCCGUUUGGAUGGUGCAGGUGCUGGCACAACACCUGAUAACCAUUUGCUUCGACUGACACCGGCCAACCUGGAGUCGCUCCACCAUCUCGCCAAUUGGAUUGUCCUGGCAAAGCGUAAACUUGCUCGUCUGGAAGGAACCAGUAGUGAGUCAUCUUCUGAAGGUCCUAGCUAUCGACAGACUCGAGCAGUGAGCGAGCUUACAACCGUACUCGCCAACGAAGACGAUUUAACAGCAGCACAAGAUGAGCACAGCAACAUUCGACGUAAGGAUUCGAGUCUAGACCCGGAAGACGCGCGGAACUUUCGGUUGAGUCGCAAACUGCGUCCUAUGAGCAGUUUGCGUUUCGCUGCUGGCUGCAGCACCAGCUCGGAGCGUCAAGGGCGGCAGUGGCUAUUACAGCUCGAGUCUUUUCUUUUGGAUGGCGUGGAUUUCAAGGAGCAACAGGUGCAGGGUGCUCCGCGUCGUAUGAUUCGGGCCGAAGCAACGCCAAGCCAUCGCCUGUUUCACAGUGAACGUGUGCUAGCAGAUUUCCGCAACGUUGCCGCGUCGUCAUUCUCCAAGCACAUGUACCUGGAGUCUAUGAGCCGCUUGUAUCUGCUGUACGAGCCGUCUUCACUGCUCCCGUUUAUCCGGUGCGUGGAGCGGUUUUGCCCACGGAUCUUUUCGCUAUCUGGACACCAGCCUUUGGCUCGAUCACACGCUGAACGAGCUCUGACGCUGUUCCCUCCAUUGGAGUUUUUCACGCGCAAAGUGCUUCGAGGAAAAGAGAGCAAGGACGGACAAGCCGCCAAGGCAUCGCUGUUAGCCGUGCAGGGCUCUACUGCAGUGUCAUCUGUACGAAGAGAGCAAACAGAAGCUUCUACUGCUGCUGAAGAGCCCGCUGAACGAGCAAAGUCCAGGAGAAGAUGA